CCCCUCCGGCCCGAGCGCGCACCAUGGGAGCCCCGCUCGCCGUGGCGCUGGGCGCCCUCCACUACCUGGCACUUUUCCUGCAACUCGGCGGCGCCACGCGGCCCGCCGGCCACGCGCCCUGGGACAAUCACAUCUCCGGCCACGCCCUGUUCACAGAGACGCCCCACGACAUGACGGCGCGGACGGGCGAGGACGUGGAGAUGGCCUGCUCCUUCCGCGGCAGCGGCUCGCCCUCGUACUCGCUGGAGAUCCAGUGGUGGUACGUGCGGAGCCACAGGGACUGGACGGACAAGCAGGCGUGGGCCUCGAACCAGCUAAAAGCAUCUCAGCAGGAAGACGCAGGGAAGGACGCCACCAAAAUAAGUGUGGUCAAGGUAGUGGGCAGCAACAUCUCCCACAAGCUGCGCCUGUCGCGCGUGAAGCCCACGGACGAAGGCACCUACGAGUGCCGUGUCAUCGACUUCAGCGACGGCAAGGCCCGGCACCACAAGGUCAAGGCCUACCUGCGGGUGCAGCCAGGGGAGAACUCCGUCCUGCACCUGCCCGAGGCCCCGCCCGCCGCACCCGCCCCGCCGCCCCCCAAGCCCGGCAAGGAGCUGCGGAAGCGCUCGGUGGACGAGGAGGCCUGCAGCCUCUAGACUGAUGCCCAGCUCGCCGCCGGCCGGCCCCGCGCCCCUCCGGCUGUAUCGAGUGCACGAGGAGCCGCUGGACCGCCGGGGACGGGGCUGCCCGGGUCCAGCUCCUCCCCAUCCCCGAGACGGCCCGUGGCCCCCUCCUCGGCCCUGCGCCCGCCAUCCCUCGGCUCAGCAUGUAAGCCCCGCCCAACCCUCCCCCUUCAGACCCUCGCCGCGACCUGGCUCCUCGGAGAAGGUGGCCCGGGGCACCCAGGGGACAGCUGCCCCGGAACGCUGGGCUGGGGCACCAGGCCGGGACCGGGCUGCCCCGCAUCCGUCACCAGCUUCAGUUGAGUCCAGUGUUUCGCUUUGCUUGCUUGUCCCCCAUCCCGUCCCAAGCCGGGGACCUCCCAGCCUUACUCUUCCUCCUAACUCCCAUCCCCUGCUUGGACCCCGGGGUGUGGAACGGUGACCCCUCCCAAAUGUGGACUUGAAUCUUCUGAGCAGAACCAGGGCCUCUGGUGAAGGAGUGAGGCACAGAGCCCCCCAGGAGAGCCGUGACCCCUUAGCCGAGUGGCUCACAGGGGUGCUGGGAGGACGGGGAGACCCCUCCCCCUGCCUGCAGGUUAGGUCCUUCAUGUUCAGCCUCCUACUAAGAAUCAGCCCCUUGUCCCACCCACCGGAGAGGCAGGGGACCCAGGAUCUGCCCCUUCUCAUGGCAAGUCAGAAGGAGGGCCUUUUCCCUCUGAUCCCUCGGCCCCACGCAGAGUCUUGCACCAGCGGGACCCGUUGGAGGGUCUUCAAGGCUCCCCAGGAGCCCCCUCUGCCAGUUCCUAUCAUCCCAGCCCCCUCCCAGGACCCAUGCUGAACACCCCCCCAAGGGCCUGGGGCUGUUGGGAGCCAAGGGCCCCCCCAUACCAAAUCCCUUCACAAUUCCUGAGCAGGGGGGCACCCAUCCCCUUGGUGAUUUGUAAAUAUUUCUACUGAGCCCCACACACCCUCAGAACUGGCUGGAACCUCUGGCCACCCCUCAGCGAUGGAGUCGGGGGAUGUGGGAGAGGCCUAGGCUUUGCCUGGGGGGGUGUGGGUUACCCUGUACACAUGAUCCAGUCCGUGACUACCAGCCGACCUGAAUA